UGCCCCAUCAGCGAACGGGCGUGUGGGCGUGGCCUCAAACUGACGCUCACUUGUUGCUUCAGCGGCUGAAGGUGAAACUUUUCCGGGCGAAACACAUUAACAAACCUUUGGACACAACAGAAAAAGUUUUGGCCGGACAAGAGAACUGCCGCUCCAGUCCCAACCGACACGGACUGGACUUUCGGUAGAAAUGUCUCUGGCAGAGCAAAGCCAGCAGUGGAUUCCCACCAGCGUGCAGGUAACGGUGCUGCAGGCGCGCGGUUUGCGCUGUAAGGGCAAAAAUGGCACGAACGACGCGUACGCCAUCAUGCAGGUGGCCAAGGAGAAGUUCUCCACCUCGGUGGCCGAAAAAAGCGUGGCUCCGGUGUGGAAGGAGGAGGCCUCGUUCGACCUGCCGCUCUUCAGCUCCGGUAACACCGAGCGCUGCACCCUACAGGUGUGUGUGAUGCACCGGGCGCUGGUGGGACCCGAUAAAACACUCGGACAGGCGAGCAUCAACCUGCUGGAGCUCCAGGACAACACAUCCCGAGAGAAAACCGAAUGGUUCAAACUGUUGGGCAAGACAGGGAAGGCUGACAAAGACCGAGGAGAAGUCCUUCUAGACAUCCAAUUCAUGAAGAACAACAUGACGGCCAGCAUGUACGAUCUCUCCAGCCAGGAUAAAUCCCGCUCGCGCCUCGGCAAGCUCAAAGAUAAACUGAAGGGGAAGAAGAAAGACGGGAUGUCAGACUCCGCUUCCGCCAUCGUGCCCUCAGUCGGACAGGUACUGACUGACAGCGAGGCCGAAGACGAGCAAAACAACACAUCUGGAGCCAAAAAGAAGAACAAGCUCAAGUCUUUAUUUGUACCCAAGUCUGGUUUGCAACGUAACAUGUCGCAGUCCAUGUCCACCCUCCCCACGCUGCCUGAAAAAGACUCAGCCAUCAGUCUGAGCAGAUCAUCUGGCCUCAACGUAGAGUCUCCUGAAGGCAAAAAGAAAUUUAAGUUCCUAAAGCACAAGCGCACCGGAAGCUCCGACAGUAAGGUUUCCCAGGCCUCUCUUGGAUUACCGCAGCCUAACGUGUGUAUUAACGGCAGUCACGUGUACACUGAAGAGCCAGAGACCAGAGGAUCCAGAGCCGGUUCAACCUUCAGUCUGAACAGCUCAGGACAUGGGUCAAUGGAGGACCUGCGCAGAGGUCACGACAGAAAAACCUCCAACACGUCUGUGGACUCGCUUAAAACCUCUGAGCUGCACACCCAAGAGAAAACAGUGGAGGACAUGCACAGGAGACAAGAAGAACAGAGGAAGCAGGAAGAGGAAGUUAGGAAGAGACUGGAGGAAGAAGAGAGGAUGGAACGGUUGGAGAGGGAGGAAGAGAUGAGGAAGCUGGAGAAACAAGAAGAGGAGAGGAAAAGGAUUGCGAGAGAGGAGGAAAAGAAACGAGAGGAAGAGAAGAGGAAGAAGCUAGAGGAAGAGGAAGUGGAGAGGAAAAGGAUUGCGAGAGAGGAGGAAAGAAAGAGGAUGGAGAGGGAAGAGGAAAAGAAACGAGAGGAAGAGAAGAGGAAGAAGCUAGAGGAAGAGGAGAGGAAAAGAGUUGCGAGAGAGGAGGAAAGAAAGAGGGAAGAGGAAAAGAGACGAGAGGAAGAGAAGAGGAAGAAGCUAGAGGAAGAGGAAGUGGAGAGGAAAAGGGUUGCGAGAGAGGAGGAAAGAAAGAGGGAAGAGGAAAAGAGACGAGAGGAAGAGAAGAGGAAGAAGCUAGAGGAAGAGGAAGUGGAGAGGAAAAGGGUUGCGAGAGAGGAGGAAAGAAAGAGGGAAGAGGAAAAGAGACGAGAGGAAGAGAAGAGGAAGAAGCUAGAGGAAGAGGAAGUGGAGAGGAAAAGGGUUGCGAGAGAGGAGGAAAGAAAGAGGGAAGAGGAGAGGAAACGAGAGGAAGAGAGAAAAAGGAUUGCAAUGGAGGAGGAAGGAAGAAGAAUGGAGAGGGAACAGGAAGAGAAGAGGAAGCUAGUGAAACUGGAAGAGGAAAAGAGAAGGGUUGAGGAAGAACGGAUGAGGAUUGAGCAGGAACAAAAGAUCAGAGGGAGGAAGGAAGAGGAAAUGAGAAAGGCAGAGGAGGAGAAAAGGAAGAAGAUGGAGGAAAAGGAAAAGGCCAGGGAGGAGGAAGAGAAACAGAGGAGAAUGGAGGAAGAGGAGAAUGAAAGGCUGAGGAAAGAAGACGAGAUGAUAAAGCGCAUAAAGGAAGAGGAAAGGCUGAGGAAGGAGGAAGAAGAGGAGACGAGGAGAAAGGAAGAAGAAAGAAGGAUGAACAAAGAGAAAGAGAGGAAUGAAAAAGAAAGGAUGGAGCUUGAGAAAAAGAAAAUGGAAGAAAGGAUGAGAGAGGAGCAGGCGAGGAAAAGUGCUGAGGAAGAGGAGAAGAGGAAAGAGAAAGCAGAGCGAGAGAGAAUCAGACAAGAGAAAGAAGAAGUGGAGAGACUGAGGAAAGAGAAAGAACAACGGCCUGAGGUGAAAACCACGAGUGCUCGAAUGAACAGCAGUCAAAAAGCCCCUGUCGAGAUGAACUCCACCAAUCCCUUUGAAGACUCGCUGUCAAUGGACGAAAGCUCCUCCAAUCCCGAUCAGUCCAAUGUCGGCCGCUUAACUAAAGUCUCUGCAGUCAAGCCAAGUUCUUCUGUUUCUGGAGUCUUCUUUUCACAAGCGUCUGUGCCAAACUCCAACCCUUUCAUAGAUGACUCUGAAGAUGAUGAUGGAAAUGUCAGUCUUGGAGAUGUUACAGAAAGGUCAGAGAAGAAACGACGAGCCCCAAUGCCUCCCCAAUAUAAGAAGCAAUUGGAAAAGCCAUCUAUUUCUGAAGCCACUCAAAGAUUUCUAUCCCAAGAAUCUGAAGCUGGUGGUGACUCUGAUUUUUUUAGUUUGCAACAGGACAAACGUCCUGCACCCUUACCACCAGAUGGCCCAAAGAAUAGACAAGAAGUGAAUGAACAGGAGGGUCAAUCGACCACACUUUACAGUAGACUCCGGGAAAAAGAAGCAAACAAAGUACAGUCAACUUUGCAAGACAUUGAUGCAAAUACCAGUUCAACGCAUCUCAGACAGAAUCAUCCUGUUAACAGACAAGAAACCAGAUCUACUGAAGUCAAAACAGCUAAACACAACAAAGGUCCAGCUCCAAAGCCUUCAAUACAGUCAACAUCGUGCAAGAAUGGGGCAUCUGAGCCCAACAAGCAAUCGAUUAAGAAAGUCUAUUUUAAAGACCAAGCUGGAUCCUCAAUCUCUUUUACUGAUCAACUUGAGGAAUCUUCUAACCAUUUGACUAAAGAUCUUCUUGUAUCUGAGCAGUCUUCAUCCAAAACUGAAUCUGUGCACUCUGAAGACCUUUCCCUAAUAGAAAGUAGACAAACAAGUUCGCCGGAAGAGUCUGAACUUGACCAUUUUGGAGAAAACACUCCUUCAAAAAAGUCUCAUCUUCAAAAUAUGGAAAGUUCCCAAUCUGAUGUCUCCAAAAAGAAAAGUCGGGCUCCAAUGCCUCCUGCUAAAUCUGAAGCAAUUGUCAGCCAGAAGACACCAAUCCAACAACAAGAUGCUACUAGUCAACCCAACAGAUCAAGACAAGCUCAAAAUGAACAGUUAGCUUUUAAUGGAAGCAUGCAAGCUCCAUCUGGUUCCACAUCCAAUACAAUGCAAACUCUCAAGACAAAAGAAGUUCAGAUGAAGGCCGAAGAGGUUUCUUUAAGGUCGGACGCUGGUCUCAGGACUCUGCCACAGGCCAGGGUGUCACCGAUUGAUGUUCAGGCCAUCCUUUUGCAGAAUAACGGAGGUGAAAACAGAAGAACAGGUGAUCCUACCCUUAAACCCUGCAGGCCGCAUGCUGUAAAACCACUGAACGCCACUGACAAGCAGACAGAGACCCAAGACGCUUGCAGAUCUGGUCAAAUUACUGGUGACACGCAAGUCAAGACGAAGGUCCCAGAGGUUAAAGGGACGGGCCCGUACUCUCAGCUAACCAAUGACGAACUCAUCAAGCUCCUGGAGAAGCAGAAAGAGCAGCUCUCUCUGAAGGACUGUAAGAUCGUGGAGCUUGAGCAGUAUAUCGACAAUCUGCUGGUGCGCGUCAUGGAGGAGAAUCCAAGCAUCUUAAUGUCCUUGUGCUUGAAGAAGUCGGCUUGAGGGACGGUGGUUUAGUAUAUAAUGUGCAAUGCGGGAUGGGUAACAUGUAUAAGGUUGUUUGUAAAUCACCAAGAGACCUUUCACUAAAGCGACAGACACUACUGAGCUGAAGAUUUAACUCUGAUUUAUGGUGUCUAAAUGGUUAUGAUAUGGUUUGGCUGCCUUAGAUUCGUCUAAUCGUGACAGAUGCAGUUUUUCUACAUGUUAAAAUAAAUGGUAACACUUUAUAAUCAUGGUUUAUUAGUUAAUGUGUUUACUGAUAUGACCAAACAAUGAGUUAGAUGUUUAUUAUGGUAUUUAUUCAUCUUAACACUGAUCUAAAAUAAAUUCAUGUUAGGUAUUAUGUCAAAAAGCGUGACUUUAGAUGCUAAUAAUGCAUUAGUAAAUGCUAUUAAAGGCUUUAAUAGAUUAUUCAUACUUAAUUUUAGUAAAUACAUUAACUAAUGGACCAUUAUUUUAAAGCGUUACCAAAUAAAUCAUAUUAUUUGUCGUGUUUGUCACUAUUUUUAGUCUAUUUGAAUGGCUAAUGUUCAAAUGGAUUGUUUUAUUUCUUAAAGGGAUAGUUCACCCCUAAAUUAUUGCAUUAUUAAAUCAGUUAUGAUUCAUUAAUUAUUAAAAAUUGUAUUUAAUACAAAAUUAAAGUCAUCAUUAAGCCAUCUUUCUCUUGUUUAAGUUUCUUCUGUUAAACGAAAAGGAAGAUACUUUGAAGAAUGUUUGAAAAACUAAAACAGCCAUUGACUAUUAUAGUAUUUGUGUUCAUACUAUCGAUGCUGUUGUUUUUAAACAUUCUUAAAAUAUCUUCUUUUGUGUACAACAAAAUUUAAUGCUUAGAAUAACUUAAAUGCGAAUAAAUAAGGACAGUUUCAUUUUUUGGUGAACUGUCCCUUUAAAUACUGUUUAAAUAUUUUGGUCAGAGCAUUUGGAGGACGCAACACACUUCAAGUAAACAAAAUAGCACUAUAAAUAUGAUAUUCUUCAUGAUAUUUUAUAUGAACUGCAAAGCUCUGUAAUGUUUUGUAGAUGCAUAUUGAAGCACUUUACAAGAAUCAGUUUGUAAAUAUUUGGAUGUGAUCAUUUGUAUGUUAUAUAUCCUUUGACAGCUUUAUUAUUAUUCUCUGCUUUUGAAAUAAAGACGGUCGCAGGUGUGGCCUCGCAAAGAA